CUAACUGCCGACGAAGAGAUUUAGCAACAUAUUCUCUGCUCCGAUCAGUCACUGCCUGGUUGGUUCUGAAUGGGGACACUGGAUCCACUUCAACUACUAGAUCCAGCUGUAAGAUACUUUCGGUGCCGGCCGCUACAAAAUUCUUCUGAAGCUCCAAUAGCUCAGCUCAGCCAGCGAGAUGAUCAUUCCUCCCCUCUGUACGUCUCUUGGAAUCUCACGAAGUCGACUGCUGAAAAAAUGGACGAUUUGACAAUUGUCGGAAGGUGCAAGAAAGUCGACGGCUCUAAAACUAGUGCUUCCAGAGCACGCACGCUGAUAUUCUUUCCUUCACCAUCAGUAUAUGCUCUAUGGCCUUCUUUCCUUUCCGACCUCCAUGACUUCCCUACGCAAAACUAGCGAGCGACGGUGGCGAUAUCCAAGCCCACGGGUCCAUAUGGAGAAAGGCAAGCAGGCAGAAAGAACUACGAUAAUUAUUGCGAUCGUGUGACAAACGUUACGCAGUUACUGUUGUAGGUUUUGUGAUGUGCACGUUACCUGUCAUGAGUACCACUAACACCGACAGGAUGAACAACGGAGCUGACGGUGCAUUGCAUAGUGUUUGAAAACUUAUUUUCUUGUGUCCUCGUUUGGUCUACGGAAGCCGAGCUGAGCAACUUUGCUCGGCCAGGCAUGUACCACGAUGGAUCAGAUCGUCGAUGUCAUUAUACCGUGGGUGAGGUCAUUCAUUAAGCAAUUCCUAUACCAGAAAUCCAGGAAAUAGCGUGCACCGAUUUUCCUUCUCUUUAUCCUCUCCAAAUGUCGUUCAUGACGA